CGAGCAAUGUUCCAUGAAUUCUUUUUGCUAGUUACAAUCUGCUCACUUGAAACAUCAUAAAAGAAACAAAGAACUAAAUGUUGCAUCAAAUUUAAUCUUUCUUCAACCGGUUUUAUGGCAGUGUCAAAAACAAAAAAGAUGAAGAUCUUGAUGAUUUUUUCUUGCUUUUGGGUGUUGCUUUAUGGUGCCGUCAAAUUUAAUAUUCGACAGCUCAGUCACAUUGCAAGCGAAAUUUCUCGAACUGGUAUCGAGACCAGUGAACAAAAAGAGAUAAUUAAUAAUUUGAUAUUAAACAAUAGAGAGAAGUGUCAAGCUAUACCUUUUAUCGAGUACAUCAAUUAUGAAGGAUGUGAUAAAGUUUCUAUUCAGAAUCUUUUAUGUUUUGGAUCAUGUUAUGUUAAACCUAAAUAUUUUGUCAAUGAAAAACUUGCUUCCCUAAACAUUUUUGGCAGUUGCCAACCUGUCAAAUUGUUCCCUCGACUAAUUUAUCUCAAUUGUUCAGACGGAAAAAAGAAAAAAUUUAUUACUCACAAUAUAACAAGCGAGUGUAGUUGUGCUGAUUGAUUAUUUUUGUUGAGAAUUUUGCGGUAACAAUAAACAGUAUUUCUUGACUUGCCUAAAAUACUAUAUUAUAGUUUUUUUAAACAGCAUAAAGUCAAUAAAUCAACGAAAAAAUAAUAAUAUACUAAUGGUAAAAAUGUAAUUAACAAAAACUUUUAGAUUUUAUGUUAAUUCUUGUGACGCGUUUAAUUAUGCAUUUAAAACUUUCACAAAAACUUAAAAAAUUUUUAUGCAUCCAAUUUAAAGAUUAAAAAAAAGCACUAAAAUUAAAAAAUAGCUAAAUUUUUAUCUAGUAUUAUGUUUUUCUAAUAAGGAAAAAGAUGACGGCCCUGAAAAAAGACGAUGGCCCUGAAAAAAACAAUUAUUGAAAAAUCUCUUUUGAAACGUGCUUGUAUUUAAACUUUAAAUUGCCAAUUCGUUAUUUGCCACAAAGAUCAAAAUUAAUUUUA